AUGUUCGGCUGGUUCAAGUCUUCCAACGAGUCCAAGCCCACACAGGAGCCUACCUGGAAUGCGGCCACCAUGGCCAUGGAACAGCCCUCCAACGCCGAGGCCAUGUCUUCCAACAACGUCGUCUCCCAGCAGCCUUGUGCCGAGUCCAUGAAGAUGGAACUCCGCGGUGGCGGUGAAGGUGGUGAUAUCUGCUGUGGAAUAUUGACUGACAUUUUUUUUUUACAACAGCUGCGCUGGUAUCGCUUGCUUCGAAUGCUGCGAAUGCUGCUGCUAGAUAUCUCGACUAUGAAAUACUGCACUCCGAUUGAUGAACGUGUUGGGAUGGAACGUGGCGCCUUAGGCUGUUGCCCUCAUAGCUUCCAAACGGCGCUAGCCGUAAAAGGAAAUGGAGCUCCCUUCGAUCUGCGCAUAAACAUCGACUCUUUGCAACUUAUGGGAACAACCAUGCCUCACUUGCGCCGACAACCGAAUCCACGUGAUAUAAUACCUAAUCAAGACCCCAAUGCCCCAGGGGACCUCCGAACACAGUUCCAGACCCCACCAACGCGUCACACUCCCACCAACCCAACCCAUCGACAACAACCCCCCUCCACCGGUCCAAAUGCCCUCACCCCCGACCCAGUCGCCGUGGCGGGGCAUCCAGCAGCACCAAUAAAUCCUUUCACAAUAUUUGGAAGACCAAGGGUAGAGCAGCCACCACCGCAAAUGAUGGAUGACGACGACUUUGACGAUGAUUUCGACCCGCGCGGGCACAGCAUGCAAGAGCUUGGCAACGACGGACCACUCGACUUCGACGAUUCAUUCGAUGAUGGUCAGGCCAUUGAAGGGCAAUUCGAUGACUCCGAUAUUGAUGGCGAGGAACUGGAGGAAGUAGUCGAGGACCAAUUCGACGACGAAGAGGACCCCGACCAAGAGAUGCAUGAUCGAGAAAAAUCACCCUCCCCCUUGCCACCCAACCUGCGCGAGAUCUCGUCGCUCGCUUCCUGGACCGUCUCCACCUCCAAGCCGGGCUGCGGCGUCGCGGCCCUCCGCAACCCUUCCCCGGCACAAUACUGGCAAUCCGACGGACCACAGCCACACACCUUAACCCUCCACUUCUCCAAACUGGUAGCUGUCGUGCGUAUUCGCGUAUAUCUCGAUUUCGAGCUCGACGAGAGUUACACGCCUACGAAGAUGAUUUUCGCAGCAGGAAUGGGUGGCAACGACCUCGUCGAGUUCGCAACUUGGGAAGGUGACGGACCAUGUGGCUGGGUUGAUGUGCCACUGGAGGGCGUCGGCGGUAGAAAUGGCGGGUGGGUGCGCAAUGACCCUGGGAAGUCGAAACGCCGAUCUACGAGUAUGCGUCGGCGGACAAUUGUGUACCGGAACUGUGAUGACCCUGACCAUGAACAUGAUGAUGAAUGUGAUCCGGUUUAUGAUAUUGAUGAGCCUGAUAGCCAGAAUGAUGAGGAUGAUCCCUAUUCUGGGAAUGUGCUGAAGGCUAUGGUUAUCCAGAUGCGCAUUAUGGAGAACCAUCAGAACGGCAAGGAUACUCAUGUCCGUGGGUUCCAGGUGUUUGCUUGUGAUGAUAGUCGUCGGAUGGCCGCUGCUCCCUCGGCUUCUGCUGAUGCCCGGCGCCGUCGCACGUCCCUGCGUGGGGCCUAUGAUCUUCGGGGACGUACUGCAAGUGAAGAUGCUGACACUGGGUUUACUAUAACCGGUCUAGACGAGCCGGAUUGGAUGGGUGAGCCGGUGAUUCGAUAA